CAUGUCCCCUUCCCCUUGACCUUGAUGAAAAUAUUAUUCCUUUGGAAUUUUUUUUUUAUCAUCACUUUCCUUUUCCCGUCUCUUUUCCUUUGGCCAAUCAUUUUAAAUGAGGCUUCGGUUGCUUUGAUGUGGAUUUCGUCGUCUGGAUCUAACUCCCGGAGAGUUUCUCUCUCGUCUCUGGCUAGGGUUUUACUGUUUCCAAUUCAACAUAGUCUUCUUCUAAAUUCAGCAAAAAUAUCACGUUUUACUUUCCACUUCCGUCGUCUUGUCGUUGUCUCGCAUCUUUGGAUCUCCCUUUUUAGCAAAAUUCCCCAUUUGCGUUCUGGGUUCUUCUCUCUUUCUUUAAUCUUUUUUGUUUUCUCCCUCCUCCUCUCACUCUCUCGUUCGCCUGUUCCUGAACUUGAUCCACCCUUGCUUGUUUAGCUCAAUCGCUUAGCGUAUACUGCAAACGGAGGUUUUCGUUAUCUGGGUAUCCGAAAGAGUAAUCUAGGGUUUUUGAGAGAGGGAGAGAGAGUAAUGGCGAGGGAGAAGAUUCAGAUCAAGAAGAUCGACAACGCGACGGCGAGGCAAGUGACGUUCUCGAAGAGAAGGAGAGGGCUUUUCAAGAAGGCGGAGGAACUCUCCGUUCUCUGUGACGCUGAUGUCGCUCUCAUCAUCUUCUCCUCCACCGGCAAGCUCUUCGAGUACUGUAGCUCCAGCAUGAAGGAGAUGUUAGAGAGGCAUAACUUACAGUCGAAGAACCUGGAGAAGCUCAAUCAGCCAUCUCUCGAGUUGCAGCUGGUGGAGAACAGCGACCACUCCAGGCUGAGCAAAGAACUCGCGGAGAAGAGCCACCGGUUAAGGCAAAUGAGAGGGGAGGAGCUUCAAGGUCUGAACAUAGAAGAUCUGCAGCAGCUGGAGAAGGCCCUUGAAGCCGGGUUGAACCGUGUGAUCGAAAAGAAGAGCGAAAAGAUUAUGAACGAGAUCGGUGACCUCCAAAGAAAGGGAAUGGAACUAAUGGAAGAGAACAAGCGACUCAGACAGCAAGGAAUGCGACUAAUGGAAGAGAACGAGCGACUCGGCCAACAAGUAUCUAACGAGUACGAGAGAUACGGUGGUGCGGAAUCGAAAAACGUGGUUUACGAAGAAGGGCAUUCGUCUGAAUCAGUAACCAAUGCCGGAAACUCGGCUGGACCUCCCGUUGACGACGAAAGCUCCGACACUUCCCUCAAGCUCGGGUUACCAUACGGUGGAUAAAAAGGGCAUGAAACUACAAAAGAGACAGUGAUGGAAACUGCAGAAGGGAGUGUAUAUCUGACUUUGUAAUAACAGGAGACGGAUAUGGAAGAUAUGUUUUGUGACGUGUUCGUGGUUGUGUACAUGUAAAAACCUCUCUCUCGGUUAGAGGGUGUUAUGGUUUUCCAUUUCCUUAAUUAAGACCCUCAUUUUUCUGUAUCUGUUAACUAUUCUAUUAUCAAUUCCAUGAACUUGAAAGGGGUGAAGCCAGA